UGGGUCGGUUAUGCACUGGCAGCAUCCUUGCUACUAGCGGUGGGCGCGAUGGUUCGGGCCAAGCAGAGAAAGAUAGGUGAGAUAUGCUCAGAGGUGAUCAUCGACAAGUCCUCGGACAAGAUGACGAUGGAGAGUAUAGUGGAGGCACAUCACAUCAUGAAGAAGGUGCACGAGUACGUCAAGACGACGAACGUCGUGAUCCUCAGGCUAUGGUCCAUUAUUCUAGCCCGGCCACCAAAGGAAAUUCACCUGUGCGGCGGCGGCGGGGAAGGAGCAGCACCGGCAGCCCUGACAGAGGAAGCCAUGUUGCCGUUUUGUUUGUUCCCAGCCUUGACUAUGGUUGUCCAGCGAGUCCGGCAUGUCGUCAUUUUCUUGUAAAGCAGUAUUGUAUCACACUUGUAGAGCUCGUUACACAUGUAGAUCUUGUAAAGUACUGUAUUACACAUGGUCAAAUGUAUUGGCAACGUGAUCUGGUUGCUCUUAUUUGAAGUA